AUGAAACGGAAAAGAAUCACGUUAAAUGUUCGAGCCGGUACAAUCGCUGUUAAUUUCACGUUAACGACUAAACGCUUAGUUCGCCUUCUUGGCACUUCUUUGCGCCUGAAUGUGGCCAAAAAUAAAACGUUCGCCAAGCGGGAAUACCGUUCGACACGGAAAGUAUCACCUUCACUGAAGAGAGAGAGUAUUCAGAAAAAAAAUCGCAUCUUCAGUCUGAACAUCGAUCGAUUGAAACGAGUGGUGGUGAUUCAAUUAGAUGCAUAA